AAAUGCUGCCCCUGAAGGAGCAGCUGGACACGCAGCAGGGGGCGCUGAAGGCCAGCACUGUGGAGAUGGCUGCAGUCAGAGAGCUGCUUGAGAAGGAAGAAGAGUCUCAUCAGCUCCAGUUGGUCAGUGUGGAGGAGCAGCUCAGUCUGAUACGUGAAGCUCUGCAGGACCAAGAUUCAUCAGUACAGAGUCUGCAGUCUGGACUCGCUGCCCAGCUGGACAACAUAAGGAGCCAAGUAGCAAAGCUGGCAAGUGAGCUGCCUCCUGCGGCUGAGUCUGUGGACGAGACGGUGGAGGAAACGACUCCUGCCGUGACAGCAGCUGAAGAAGAAGAAGAAGAAGAAGCAGCAGCAACGUUGGAUAUGAAUGUAGAAGAGGAAGCAGGUGAAGAUGAAGAGCACGUUGAGGUGGAAUCAGGGCGCCCUCAAGAGGACGAGGAGGAAGCGGACUCCACACAGGGUGUAAAGGAAGGUGAACAAAGUGUAGAAGAGGAGCCGACUUCAGAGAUGAAGGAAGGUGACGAGGAGGAGUCUGAAGGAGGCGAGGUUCAAGAUGAUUCAGCUGCUGAAGAGAAGAGGGAAACGUUGGAGCAGGAGACGGAGGCAGCAGGAGAAGAGGAGACAGAAAGACCUCAAACUGAGGCGGAGAUGGCGUCUGAAGACGACUCCCCACCGGAGGAGGAAGAGGAGGAAGAGGAAGAUGCAGAGUGGGAGGCAGAAGAGGAAGAUGUGGCAGAGGCUGCACCUGAGGAUGAAGAAGAAGAGUUACAGAAUGACGCUUAAUCAGACGGUAACUNGUUUGAUUUCAACCACCCCAACCGUGGCGUGAACACAGCUCUGAGUCUGAGGACGUGGUCUGUCAAUGACUACAGACUGCUGCUGCUGUACACUUCACUGUGACUGCCUGUUCAGAUGUAAUAUUUAAAACACCAUGCGUUAUACAACCUGAUGCCAACAGUCUCCAAAGCCUUAAUUUAUACAAAGUGUUUUCCACUUCUCACAACCUGCACUUCUUGGCCGUCUUUGUGGAAAAGUGCACGUCGGCGACCUGAAUGAGAAGCCAUCGCUCGAAAAGUGAAGCCAUAAGAACCGCCUGUGUCACCGACACACUCACGUCUUCUCUACUUGAUGUUUUUUCUGAUGAGAUUUUUUUUUUUUAAAGAAUUUACAGAUGCAGUGAAUUAACGUAGUCUGAGUGGUUCAUGUAGACAAGUCAUUAUAAUAUAAAAACAGGGGUCUCCAACACCCGGUCCGGGGACCGGUCCUGGUCCGUAGGUCAUUUGGUACUGAGCCGCAGUAAAAAAAUCUACUUCAGUUUUACUAAAUUUACUUCAUUUAAAAAGAAUCCAGUCAUUUCAUUUUACCCUUUUCAUUUACAGAUAAUCUGUUGUCACCAAACAACAGGUCAAAGGUCGUGCAGACUCUGAUAGUAACAGAAUAAAGUCUUAAAGAUGUUUUAUUUUGAAAUUUUAAAAAUCCUUUAACAAUGAUGCGAUAUUACCGGUCCACAAUAACAUCUAAUACGGCCGACCGGUCCUCGGUAGGACAAGGUUGGGGACGACUGAUUUAAAACACUAGCAAAAAAUAGAAAAAACGUCUUCAGUAAAACACACAGAAGAGGCAGAUUUCUAAUUACAAUAAUUUAAAUAAUUUAAAAUUUUACCUGUAGAUGAUAGAUUUCUUUUUUACUUUUUUAAAUGAACCGAGGUUUAGUACUCAAUAUAACAGACCUUCUGUUACGACUUUAUAAGUGUUUUUACUUGGAGCCACACCUUAAAGAACACAAAUACAUCACUGUGUUUCUGGAACGUCAUCCUGUCACAGCCUACACUGCAUAACAUUUGUAAUUCACAAAGUCUGUCUCCGUAUUUUGAAAUAACAGUAACUCAGGGACAAAUUAUUAUCUUCAUACAUCGAGAAUGAAACAAGUUGAAAUUAGUUAUUUUAAUGUGAAACACCCAGCACUAGUCCACUCAGCGCUGCCCCUACAGGAUGAGCAGAGGCUGAUUUUAAUGUUCAUAUAUUCUCCCCAUGAUUCCCACUUUUUAAAAGUUACAGUUUUGAACCAGGGACUCCGAGUAUCUACCUCAACAAAUUUGCAGCCAUUUUCAACAGAAAUUGGUUUAUCGUCAGACCACUAGAGGUCGCCAAAGUUCCGCCAAAAUGGUUUGUGUACCAUAGAUUUAGAACCACGACUGCGUCAAUUGCCACCAGGUGUGGCGUGUAUAGAAGCUGAAGUGUCCUUCUGAACGAAUGGUAACCACUAGGGUCCUCACAACGACUAAAUCUCUGAAAGCCCUUUUAUGCAAUAAAUAAUUAUUUUCAAUUUCACCCCUAUAUAAAAACAGAAGGCGUAAAUUGGGGGAAUUAGCCUUUGACGACUGCAGGACGGAAAAACAGCUGUAAACAUACGAGAGACUCAGGCUAGCUAAUGUUGCAGUGCAUCUGUAAUGAUAACGUGAGCAUAUUUCAAAUGUUGGUUUUUAGCUGCUUUUAUAGAGCAGUGCUGAUCGAUUCAGUGUGUUUAUAACAGUAGACAUAAAAGAUUUUAAAACAAGGCUAAGUGUUUAAAUCCUUCAACAGAUGAAGAAGAGCAGCAAACUGUAUCUUCUACAGUCACUGAUCUCAAAUCUGCUGAUCUGAGAAAUUCACUGGGAAGAAAAGUGGAAUGAAAUCUGCUAUAUUUAAGCUGUGACUGCAAGGAAAGUGAACAUAUCAAAAAAAUAUUUGCGUAAUUUUGAAAGUAUUCACAUAUAGGAGAUACAAAGGUACCUCUGUGGAUAUAUGAAUAAUAAUGUUUUCUUCCUAUGUUUUUUUUUUUGUUUGUUUGUUUGUUUUUGGACACUAAUAGCCACAUUUUACAAAAUGCAAUGUUUUGCCAAGACAUUUUUAAAAAAUAAACCCUGAUUCUGUCA